AAUUUCGUAAAUGUGCCCUUCAGCUUAGCAACCAAUCAGAAUGAGGCGGGAAUUGUUAUAUCCGCCAUCUUUGUAAGCAAUGGCGGUCGGCUUUCUUCGUUCUGUGUUUCUUUCAGCUAUUUCUUUUGUGUAGCUAUGUAAUUUAAUGUUUCGGUGUGCUAAAAUGCCGCAGUUAGUGUAAUGUUCCAUAUGUUAGUUUGAAAUUUACUCCGAAUCUGCGAUUUUUUCUGGGUUUUUGCUGCUUCUACUCAAGUCAAUGUAUUUCUUCAGGCAAUCUGGCUAGUCUUGUGUCAUAAAAUGUUAAUGCGUUUUGUUCAGAGUUCUUUUUUUCAGAUGUCGGGAGUCAAGGUUAGUUUUGUUAGCUUAAAUGAGUGUUGAGGCUGUAUAUAUAGAGUUCCAUAUGGAACUCUAAAUGUUGGCAUAAUCGUUCCUAGCUGGCAGGCAAGGUCGUUUUUCUUACGUCAUAAAAUCUUAAUCCGUUAUAUUUUGAGCAUUGUUUUUUAGAUAUCGAAAACCGAAGUCAGUUUUUUUUAGCUAAAAUAAAUGUUGCUGCCGCAUGUGACUGUAACUGGCCGCAUAUUCGUUCCUAACUGUUAUUUAUUAUCAGGCAGAAUGAAAGAUUUGUUAUUUUCUGCAGUAUUAUGGAUCACGCUACUCCAUCAACCAGUCAAAGUAAUACUGAGUGUCCAGUGGCUGUGGAUACUGGUGAUGUCUUCGAAAGAAUUAUGAGACCCAGGCAGCUGACAAGCUGGGAGCAAGUCAGAGAAGCUAUCGAUAUGUUGCAAAAGAUGACUUGGACUCAUUAUGUAGUACGUGAAAGCAGGCUGAACAAAGAAAAGCCGGAAAUGCGCUACCAGUAUGUAGUGUAUGUAUGUUCUUUUGGCCAUAAAAAGAAGCCGGAGGGCCAUGGUCAGAGAGUAAAAGGGUAAAUGAUUAUAAUUAUUGUUUUCAAUUUUCAUAGAUCAAAGUUUAGUGGUUGCAAGGCCAUGUUUCGUUUACGAUAUGCUGUGAACCGGUUCGUCAUAUCGUCGUCGAGGAUGAUACAUAACCAUCCUUGUGAUGAAAAGUGUUUGAAAAAUGAUCCUUGGUUCAGAAGACUAAGUAAAGAUCAGCUGCAAGUUGUUCUACCGAUGGUUGAGACCGGAAGUAGUGCUGAAUCGAUUGUUAAUUAUGCAGAAAAAAAUUUCGAAAAGACAAUAACAGUGCAUUAUGUCAAUAAUUUAAAAUAUAAAUUUGUCGAACGUUGUGGAAGUUUAAACGAUGUAAUUGCGACCUUAAGGAACAAUGGGAAAUUGUUCGUCUCUUAUGGGGGUGUGGCUAACCAGGUCACAAAGAUAGCAUUUAGUACACACGAGCAAAUUGUAACGUACAAACGGUUCCCUGAAGUUGUGUGUUUGGACUCAACAUACAACACGAACAGGGGAAAUUAUAAACUCUUUCAGCUGGUUUGUACAGAUAACUGCGGGCAUGGAGUCCCAGUUAUGUUUGCUUGGACUAAGGAAGAGAAGAAGGUUGAUGUAGUAUGGAUACUAGAUCAUUUUAAGAAGAUCAUGAAUGGAACCAGUCAAACGGAAACGUUUGUGAUGGAUUGUGCAAGACCCAUCAUAUCCGCUGUUGAAUUAACGCACCGUACUGCCCACAUAGCUCUAUGCUCUUUUCACGUGUGUAGAGCUAUGUGUAAGAAGACCCGCAAUCCAAUAAUCAAGCAGUACUUAUGUCAACUGGUACGUGAACAAACAGUAGCUAAGUUUAAUCAGACACGACGCAUAAUCAGUGUACGCAGCAGACGCAUCGCAGCCUACUUAAACAAGAACUGGAUGAGUAGGAAAGAAACUUGGGCCGCAGCUUUCAAUAGCAAUGUCGUUACGUUGGGUAACAACACGAACAACCGGGUUGAAAGUGCGCACAGACAACUGAAGAGAAAGUUGUCUAACCGAGACGCGUUGAGUAAAUGUAUGUGGAAAACAUUUACAUGGCAGAGGCAAUUAGGCAAACGUAGGUCACUACAAUCCAGCUUACACUGUAGUCACAAACGCAGAUACGUAGCUGAAGAAUGCUUAAUGCCUCUACUAAGCAAGCUAACCACCUAUGCUGGCUUUAUAGUCCUUAAAGACUAUAAAAAUAGGGGACUGAUGUACAUCAAAAAUAUCCAGUCACCCUUUGUGUUCUUCAUAGACGGCCAUCAAUGUCCGGUAGUGGAUAUAAGCAACGGCACUUGCACCUGCCGUUUAUUUAAAACCUGUCGAAUUCCAUGUAAACACAUGGUUUUUACUCAUCUACAAAUGCCAGAGUUCACAGGUAUGUUAUGUUCAUCUUUGUAUCAUGAAGUAGUUGAUUUAGUUUUGAAGCUCUGUUGCAGAUGGACUUGGCAGGCUAUUCAAGAUGUAGAUGGAAAUAUACCAGCUAUUCCGUCUCCAGAUUAUAAUGAAACGAACAGACUUUAUCGCACUCUACGCAGUAAAAUCCACACGCUCAGUACACUUUUCGGACAGACAACGGUGCAGGACACACUAAGGCAAUUGAUAGAUCAAGUUGAUGAAUUAAUACGCAUGAGGCGUCUGGCUACAGUUUCCGAACAUGGUAAGUCCACUGGUACUUUGGAAACCAAAAUCUAGGUAUUUAUAAAUGCAUCUAUUAAGCUAAUACUAGUACUCUCUAUUUCAGAUAAUCAAUGAACACAAAUCUCGUCAUGUGCGUCUGCCGCGUUGCCAGUUUCUGUUAAUACCUUAUUAAAUAAAAGUCUUGUAUUCGGU